UUGAAUUAUAAUUUUUUUUUGGAAAAAUCAUUGGAAAAAUUGUAAAAAGAGCAUACAUUGCAACACAACAAUUUGAAAUAUACUCAUUACUACUAAUUUUAUUUUAAUUUAUUAUAAAUAACUUUAUUACAUAUUUAAACUUAAAAAUAUAAAAAUGGUCAUACCAAAAGAAACACUAACUGACUUAAAAGAACAAUAUGAGAAGGCAUAUAAAUUGGUUGAUGAAGAAUCGGAAAAUGAUCCACCAACUGAUCCAUAUAAAUCUCAUUACGCCGCUAAGGAAAUUUUAAAAGAAAUGAUGAAUAAUUUAAAAAAUUUUAUGCAUUCAGAUGGAGAUGAAAGCGAGCAGUUUAUUUUUAAAGCCAUUCUGGCAUUUAUAUAUAGAGAUAUAGGUCGAAUUUGUGUUUUUUGUGAAGAAGUUCCCGCUGGAGAAAAUUAUUUGCAGCAAUCCUUAGAAUUAAUUGGAGAAAAUUAUUUAAAAAAUGAGAUGAUAAUUUCUUAUAUUGGAGCAUCAAAUGAAUUAGGUAUUGUUUGGGCAAAUAGAAAUGAAACGCAACGAUCUGAACAGUUUUUUACACAAAGCGAGAACGCUUAUAAUGAUUUUAAAAAAUUGGAUAUACCACCAAUGGCUAUUAGUGACAUAUUUGGGACGGUUGAUGAAAUAGAAACGGGAAAAGGUAUUAAAGAGCUAGAAAAACUAUUUACGUUAACUACGUUUUACAAAGCACAAAUGCUUGGUAAAUUGGGCAAUUUGGAAUUGUCUGCAAAAUAUUGUAAUUUGACUCUUCGAAGACAAAUUAUGAAUAAAGAAGGAUUAGAUUAUAUUGAUUGGGCUCUUAACUCUGCUACAUUGUCUCAAUAUUAUAUCGGAGUAAACAAAUUCACGGAAGCCAGGCAUCAUUUGGCUGCAGCGAGCUUUAUAUUAUCCGAAUAUGAGGAAAAAAUGAUUUCACCCGGCAUGUCAGAAGAUGCAAUUUCUUCUGUUAAAGAAAAUUUUAAUCAUAGAUAUGCCGAUGUAGCUCGCUGCUGGUCAAAGUAUGGGCUAACCCUUUUGAAUGCUUCCAAAGACAGAUUAAUGGCUGAUACUGAGGAUAAAUUAAAUAAGGAUCUUGAAAACUUGAUGAAUUGUGGCGAUUAUAAAUUUGAAAAUCUUAAUUUGUGGUCUAUAGAGAAUGGAAUAACCGACAAGUAUUGUUUGACUUUUGAUGAUGCAAAGGUUGUUUUUCAUUUUGUAACUUUAUGGUUAGAUCGCUCAAAAGAAUAUUACAAAUCUGAUACAGAAGCAUCUGAAUAUGCAAGAAUAAUUAUAGAUUUUUCUGAACUGUAUAAAGUAAUGGCAUUCUUUGAUGAUAUACCUUCAAAUCAAAGCAAAAUGCACAAGAAACGAGCUGAUUAUUUAGAAGAUUUACUCAAAAUUUUGAAUCCCAAAUAUUAUCUUGUGUUGUGUCGUGAAUGUUGGUAUAAUGCAGGUUUGGCUUAUUGUGCUAUGUUAGAUGUUAAAUUGGACGCAAUUUCCAACCUCAAGUAUGAUGAAAAACCUACCCCACAUGCUCUACAUAAAAUAAAUAUGUUAUGCGAUAAGGCAAUUAACCAUUUCAAGCAAUUUAUUGAUUCAUAUAUUGAUAAAGAUACCGAAACUUUAAAAGAUGGAAUUCUUUCUUCUGAAAAAGAGUUAUAUUUAUUUGCGCACUUUCAUUUAGGUCGUCUUUUCUAUAAAAUUAUAACACCAAAUAAAGAAAACCAAUUAAACAAUUUGAGUAACAGUUUGAAAUUCUAUAAAUUAUUCGUAGAAGGAUGUGAAGCGGAUAAAGAAGCUUCUAAAGCUUUACAAGCUGAGAUAGGUGUUUGUAAAGAAAUGGUUAUUUUAUUACCACACAAAAUUUCAAAAACCAUUGAUGAAAUGAAACAAAUUUCUGAGCUGUAA